AUGGACGAUAUAGAUCCAGCAGCUUUAGGCCGUCCAGUCACUUCGACGACUCCUACUCUACCAUCCAAAUCAUUGAAUGGACCAAUACUAAAUGGGACUAAAAUCUCUAAGCCGGGUAUCGGCCCUCCACCACCUCGAAUUAAUCUUGAACCCAUGUAUAUGGCAGUCAAAGGUGCCAUUGGCGAGCACUGGCCAACUUACAAAGAGGCUAUCAUCCAAUUCCUUUCGGGGAACCUGAACCAAGCCGAAUUCUCGGCACGAAUCAAUCCUUACGUACAAUCUCCGACGGGAGAAACAGAACACUUACACAAUAAGCUAAUAGCUGGCAUCUACGGAAAUGCGACGCGGGAAAUACCUGAUCAUGGCGUUGCUAGCUGGGUUAGUGCGAAUGACAAGCCAAUAAUUAUAGGAGCCAAACCGGUCACUGGUGACGCCGCAGAACAGAGACUCAAGACAGAAGUGAUGCAACUACCGAACAGAGACCGCAGGCGAAUGAAAGAUUUGACCCCAAAUCACAUUAAUUCACAUGACACUAUUGCCAAUGUUUUUGGCGAGCAUCGUCGCCCUCGAGUUGUGGCAAAACCCAUAGAUUCUGUGCCCACAAGUGCGGGAGGUAGUCUGCAGAUGACUAACUUAGAUGUAGAGAUUCGAAAAAGGUAUGCUCAGCCUCUUGCCUCGGAAUCUGGAGAAUUCCCAGACAGCUCUACUAUUGAGUCUCGGAUGUUGCCUAUUUGUUGUGAGACCGGUAUCCUCUCGGGGCAUGCUCCAGAUGCAGCGCACUUUAUGUCCGUGGCAACAGAAACAUUUAUCAAAGAAGUACUCUCGACUAUAUUCAGCAAAACUCGAAGUAAUGGGCCUGGAACGGGUGGCAGUGCUGGAACUGGAGGUGGUGCAAAUUGGAUUCAGACGCACAAAUACCGCAUCCAGCUUGAAAGAGAAGAGGAUGCAGCCCAACGCGGCGAGAUCCUCCGAGAUAAGAGUGGAUUAUUGCCUAUGGAGGCCCGAGCUGCCAGUGAACGAGGUCCGCUAGGUAUGGCCGAUGUCCGUAUGGCUCUAGAGCUAGGCGAUUGCGGCCUUGGACAGAUGUCGGCUGUCGUGCAACAAAUCCUCCUCGGAUACCGGGAAGGCGAAGUCGAACACUGGGACGAUUAUACGUGGCCCGAAAAUCACGUCCGGAUAGACGGCCAAGAUGUGCCGCUCGAUAGUGAUACUGAGAUGAGUGGAAUGAGAGCACUAAACGGAUAUUCCCAUGACAAGGAAAGCGACGAUUGGGGGUGGGAAGGAUGUGGACCUGAAGACAGAGCAAGGUUAGACAACUUAUUAGAUUCUUGUUUGGCGGUUUAA